CGCUCGCGAAUAUUGUAUACGUGAAUGGUGAAUGGUGUAUGGCAAUUCUCCCCUUCGCGCUAUUUGUGGCGGUAUUUUGAGCAGAAAAAAAACUCGUGCAUUUAUUUAGAGUCUACACAGAAUCCAAACGCGGCACACAUAAUGCCUCGCGCCGUGAAACCCAAGACAGCUGCCGGCCCAUCGCCGGCCAAAAAAACCGCACCCGCCAAGAAGGCCAAGGGAAAACUAUAUGCCAUGCCGGAGAAGCUGAAGGAGGGCACUGUUUUACAAGACCGGGCCAAGGGGAAAUGGUGCAUUGGUCCGUCGAUUGGCAUUGGCGGCUUUGGCGAGAUAUAUGCGGCCGCCCGCGCCGGUGAGAAGAACUACGACGCUGUGGUGAAAUGCGAGCCUCACGGCAAUGGGCCCCUGUUCGUGGAGAUGCAUUUCUACUUGCGCAAUGCCAAGCAAGAUGACAUUAAGCAGUUCAAGCAGCAGCGGGGCAUCAAGACCCUGGGCAUGCCGUACAUCCUGGCCAAUGGCUCAGCGGAUGUCAACGGUCAGAAGCAUCGCUUCAUUGUGAUGCCGCGCUACGGCAGCGAUAUAUCAAAGUUCUUCAAGGAGAACGACAAGCGACUGCCGGAGGGCACGGUCUAUCGCCUGGCCCUACAGAUGCUGGAUGUCUACCAGUUUAUGCACAGUACUGGCUAUGUUCAUGCAGAUCUGAAGGCGGCAAACAUCCUGUUGGGCCAGGGCAAGGCUGGUGCGGCCCAGGCCUACCUUGUGGACUUUGGCCUGGCCUCACACUUUGUGACCGGCGAGUUUAAGCCGGAUCCCAAGAAAAUGCACAACGGCACAAUCGAGUACACAUCGCGCGACGCCCAUUUGGGUGUGCCCACCAGACGCGCGGACUUGGAGAUUCUCGGCUACAACAUAAUCGAAUGGCUGGGCGUGGAACUGCCCUGGGUCACACAGAAGCUGCUGGCGGUGCCACUCAAAGUACAGAAGGCCAAAGAAGCCUUCAUGGAGGAUGUCGAGGCUGCACUAAAGGCUCUUUUCCCCAAGGGAGUGCCGGUUCCCCUGGGGGAAUACAUGAAGUAUGUGGCCAAACUGAAGCACAAUGAGGAGCCGGACUACGACAAGUGUCGCAAUUGGUUCUCGGCGGCUCUCAAGCAAAUGAAGAUCCCAAACACCGGCGACUUGGACUUUAAGAUAAAGCCCCAAAGCAGCAGGAAGAACAACCACAGUCCGCCAGGAAUCAGCAAGGCAACAGCCACAGCUGCAGCUGCACCCAAAAGGGCCAAGAAGGUUGCCUCCACAGCAGCAGCCGCAGUUCCAGGACGCCAGCAGUAACUGUGCGCAAGUACAGACGCUAGAGAGGCACCUCCUCCAGCAGCCGCAGUCCCAGGACGCCAGCAGUAACUGUGCGCAAGUACAGACGCUAGAGAG